UAUUCAACAAUGAGUGGAAGAGGUAAAACUGGCGGUAAAUCAAGAGCGAAAGCUAAGACGCGGUCAUCCAGAGCGGGUCUUCAGUUUCCCGUCGGCCGUGUUCACAGGCUACUUCGCAAAGGUAACUACGCACAACGCGUCGGUGCCGGAGCUCCAGUUUAUCUCGCCGCUGUCCUCGAGUAUCUCACCGCUGAGAUCUUGGAGUUGGCCGGAAACGCCGCUCGGGACAACAAGAAAAGUCGGAUCAUUCCCCGCCAUCUACAGCUGGCCGUGCGUAACGACGAGGAGUUGAACAGACUUCUGGGCGGCGUGACGAUCGCUCAGGGCGGUGUGUUGCCCAACAUCCAGGCGGUGUUACUGCCCAAGAAGACCGACAAACCCGCUAAGGCAAAGUAAACGGGGGACAGUUCAUUUCAAACCAAAGGCUCUUUUAAGAGCCACCCACAUUAUCACUGAGAGAGCGACGAGGUUUCUGAUUUAAUCCAUCGAGUUUGUAUAUUAAUGCAUUAUCAUAGACCUGCUAUAAAUGAGGUCGCAUUCUCCAGAUCAGUAUGUGAGACCACUGCCCCAAAUGUUCUACAAUAUAUCUGUUUACUCGUGCCUUUGACGGUUUAUCAGAGUAAAAUAAUAAUUGUA